ACCGGAGUAUUGUCUCGUUCCAUCUCUUCCAACGUUGUACCAAACAAAACGCUACCGUAUAUAUAUGUUCAUUUCACCAUUCGGUUGAGCUGCAUGCUGUUGGUGAGUGAGUGAGUGAAUCAGAAAUUUGAGUGCAUCAAUGGCGACCGGUCAAGAAAUCACCAAAUCUCCACCCACUUCCUCUUCCAAGAGAUCAGUGUUGAGUCAGGGUUCCAUUGAUGUAUAUGCUGCACAAUGCAUCAAGUGCUUGAAAUGGAGGGUGAUUGAUACCCAGCAGGAGUUUGAAGAGAUCAGACAUAAGGUCAGUCAGGAACCUUUUGAUUGUAGCAGAAAGGCUAAUUGUUCCUGUGAUGAUCCUGCUGAUAUUGAAUAUGACUCCUCUCGGACAUGGGUUAUUGACAAGCCUAACCUCCCAAAGACACCAGAAGGGUUCAAGAGAAGCUUGGUGCUGAGAAAGGAUUACUCGAAGUUGGAUGCUUACUACAUCACACCUACUGGCAAAAAGCUGAGAACCCGCAAUGAGGCUGCAGCAUUUCUGAAAGAUCAUCCAGAACUCCAAGGUAUAUCUGCUCAGGAUUUUGAUUUUUCAUGCCCAAAGAUAAUGCAGGACACCAUCCCAGAGAUUGUUGAGCAGAAGGAUUCUGCUAACAAAAAAGUUAAGAAAGCUAAAGAUGAAAAUUGACUAUUAUCAUUACAAGUUUGCAUGCUGGUGUAGAUGCUCAUGCUGACUGGUCUGUUAGAUUGCGUUGUCUUUAUAUUUUGUUGGAUUAUGUUGUUUGUGUGUAAUCACACACCUAAGCAGAUAUUUUCUAAGUUUUGUGGGUUUUAAACAGAACACCCAAAAAGAUAUCCCUUACAUCGGGCUUCCUUUUCUUUUUCCUUCAAAAUAUUUUGUUGGAGUUGCAUGAACAGAAAUAUAUGAAUGUUACAUUCUGCACUUAAAUUGA